AAAAUUAAAUACUUAAACACAAUGAAUCGCUUAAGCUGACGUUGUUCAUCUCACAUCCACAAUGAUUCUUUUUCUAACAACGAUUUGUUUAAUUGUAGGUAUCAAUGCGUUUCCAAAACUGGACGGUGAAAGUGUAAUUGCCGAAACAAAACAAGGGAAAUUACGAGGGCGUAUUGAUUUAAAUUAUUGGAAUGAACCGUUUUUCACAUUUGAAGGAGUGCCAUAUGCCAAACCUCCGGUUGGUGAAUUACGAUUUAAGGCACCUCAACCUCCGUUGCCAUGGAAGGAAGAAAUUCGUGAUGCCGUAAAACCGGGACCACCGUGCGUUCAAUUCAUUGGUGAAGGGUCUGAAGAUUGUUUGCUUUUGAAUAUCCAUUCGAAAAUGACAAAAGAAAAACAAAUUUCUAAAGAAUUACGACCAGUCAUGGUUUGGAUACAUGGUGGUGCCUUUAAAGCUGGAUCAAUAAGCAACAAUUUAUAUGGACCCGAAUUUUUAGUUCAUGAAAAUAUCGUUUUAGUUAAAAUUCAAUACCGGUUAAAUGUUUUAGGAUUUUUAAGUUUGACGGAUGAUGAGGGUGGAGUAUCGGGUAAUGCUGGCCUAAAAGAUCAGGUAAUGGCUUUGAAAUGGGUGCAAAAAAAUAUUGAAAAUUUUGGUGGAGAUCCAAAUAGAGUUACAAUUUUUGGGCAAAGUGCUGGAGGUGCUUCAACACAUUUAUUGAAUCUUUCCCCAAUGACCAAAGGAUUAUUUCAUCGAGUAAUAUCACAGAGCGGUUGUGGAUUAAAUGAGUGGUUGUCAAGCAAAAUUACCCCAAAACAAAAUUAUUAUGAACUGUUUGGAUGUAAUAGCACUGACUCUAAUCUUAUAUUGGAAUGUCUACAAAGAGUCACUCCAGUAGAGAAAUUAAUUAAAAUGGAAAACGAAUUACUAGAAAAAACGGAUGAAGGAUUUUUGGUCGUAAUUGAAAAUUCUACAAAAGAAGAACAAUUUUUGCCUUCGAGUGUUGAAAAACUUAUCAAAGAUGGAAGUUUUAAUCAAAUUCCAUUCAUGGCAGGAUAUGUUCCACAAGAAGGAGCUACACUCUAUUAUUUACAAUAUGAAGUUGAAAAUGGUAAUAAUCCUUUAAAAGAAAAUUUUAUACCAGAAAAUAUUGUUACAUAUUUGAGUCCAGAAGAAGAAAAAAAUUUGAAUGAAAAAAUUAGGCAGUUUUAUUUUAAAAAUCGAAAUAGUACAGAUGAAAUUUUGUAUGGUUACUUAAACUACUUAACAGAUUCUGCAAUAAUUGAAAGAUUGUAUACAGCUACUAAGUGGCAUGCAUUAAAAUCUACGGCACCCGUGUACUAUUAUAAAUUUAACUAUGAUACAAGUUUAAAUUUACGUCUUAAAAUGUUUCCACAAAAUUAUGUCACUCAUGAUGAUGAACUUAAAUAUUUAUUUACCAAUAUAAAAACACCAAAAAAUUUAUCUGAUACAUCAAUUGAAAUGCAAGGAAUAAAACGAAUGAUUAAAAUUUGGGCUAGAUUUGCUGAGACCGGUAACCCAAAUCCACUAGAUUUUGAUGAUGAAAAAUAUACCAAUGAUGCAGUUGAAUGGAAGCCAGUGACAUCAGAUAAAUUUAGUUACUUAGCCAUUCAACCAACUUUUGAAUUGGAAGAAAAUCCUGAAGAAGAACGCAUGCAAUUUUGGGAAAGCGUUUGGGCAGACUUGAAGAUGAAUUAAAAAUUAUUUAUUUCUAUGUAUUUUAGUUAGAAAACAUGAUUAUUACAAAGACUGUCGCUAAUAAUCAAUAAAUUAUAUUGUAAAUUUUCUAAAUAAA